AGAAUCCGUUCGUCUUCGGAGGAGACUUAAGUCGCCGCCGGUGAGUACUCUUCGAUUCAUCCCGUUCCGCCGUACAAUUCCUGUUAUUUGCCGUCUUGUGUGCAGUGAGAAUGGGGAGCAAUGAUUUGAGCACCUGGGUCUCAGACAAGUUGAUGGUUCUGCUAGGCUAUUCACAAACUGCUGUUGUGAAAUAUCUAAUUGCAAUGGCUAAAAAAUCAGAAUCACCAGAUGAACUCGUGCGUGAGUUGGUGGCUUGCGGGUUUUCUUUGUCUGGUGAUACGCGUGCCUUUGCAGAAGAAAUUUAUGCCAGAGUUCCCCGGAAAACCGCUGGUGUGAAUCUCUACCAACAUCAAGAAGCAGAGGCAGCGAUGCUGUUGAAGAAGCAGAAAACUUUUUCCCUUUUGGAGGCUGAUCAUGAUGAAGAUGAAGGCAAUGUAGAGAAACAAUAUGCUUUGGAAUCAGCAAAGUCAGAUAAAACACGAAAGAGGUUCAGGAAGAAAAUUGAGGAACAGGAAGACUACGACGAUGAUGAGGUGCUGAUUGCUAGAGAGGACAAAAGGAAUGUUAAGCGAAAGGUGUCCGAAGACGACAAUGAUGGCAUUGAGUCUGAAGAGGAAAGAUUACGUGACCAAAGGGAGAGAGAAGAACUAGAGCAGCACCUAAGAGAGCGUGAUGCUGCACGGACACGGAAGCUAACAGAGCCAAAAAUGUCAAAGGUAGAGAAAGAAGGGGUUGUUCGAAGAGAUAGUGCUGUAGACAAGGAUACACAAUCCUUAAGGAAGUUCUCACGGCAAAAUUAUGUUAAAGAGAGGGUUUCGAAGAAACUAAAAGAGCUAAAGUACUUGACUUUAAGAGUUCUUUUUCACCUUAAUUCUGGUACCUAUUUUACUGUUGAACCUGAAUUGACUUCUUAUUUCUCCUCUUUUCUUCACAGGGAUUAUCUAGAAGAUGAAUCAUACCUUUUUAGAGAUGAAAAGCUCACUGAAGCAGAAAUUCAUGAUAAUAGAUACAAGAAAGCAAUCUUCGAGCUCAUAAAUGAAAGUACACAAGAAGAAGAUAAUGUAGGAGAGUAUAGAAUGCCAGAUGCAUAUGAUCAAGAUGGAAGUGUUGAUCAGGAGAAGAGAUUUGCUGUUUCUGUACAACGUUACAGGGACAUGGGUUCCACGGAGAAAAUGAACCCCUUUGCAGAGCAAGAAGCUUGGGAAGACCAUCAGAUUGGAAAUGCAACAUUAAAAUUUGGCGCAAAGAAUAAGCAGGUCUCAGACAAUUACGAGUUUGUAUUUGAAGACCAAAUCGACUUCAUAAAAGCAUCUGUGUUGGCUGGUGAUAAUUAUGAAGAUCUAAUGCAUGCUAAACCAUCUCAAGAUUCUACUGGGAAAUCGGCUUUUGAUAUACUUCAGGAGGAGAGAAAAACACUGCCAAUUUAUUCAUAUCGUGAUCAACUUCUUAAUGCUGUUAAAGAUCAUCAGGUUCUUAUAAUUGUGGGAGAAACGGGUUCUGGCAAGACUACACAGAUACCCCAAUAUCUUCACGAAGCUGGUUACACAAAGCAUGGAAAGGUUGGUUGUACGCAGCCUCGAAGAGUUGCGGCUAUGAGUGUGGCUGCUCGUGUUGCUCAAGAGAUGGGUGGUAAACUUGGGCAUGAGGUUGGCUAUUCCAUUCGAUUUGAGGAUUGUACGUCUGAGAAAACAAUUCUGAAGUAUAUGACUGAUGGAAUGCUUUUGCGUGAGUUGCUCGGUGAACCAGAUCUGGGCAGUUACAGUGUUAUCAUCGUGGAUGAAGCGCAUGAAAGAACUUUGCACACCGACAUACUAUUUGGAUUAGUUAAGGAUAUAGCACGGGCUCGGCCUGAUCUGAAGUUAUUGAUAUCCAGUGCAACCAUGGAUGCAGAGAAGUUUUCUGAUUUCUUUGACCAAGCCCCUAUCUUUAAUUUCCCAGGAAGAAGGUAUCCAGUUGACAUUUGCUUUACUACUGCACCUGAAGCUGAUUACAUGGACGCAGCAAUAGCUACUGUGCUUACGAUACAUGUGAAGGAACCACUUGGAGAUGUAUUGGUCUUCCUCCCAGGUCAAGAGGAAAUUGAGGCCGUAGAAGAGAACUUGAAGAACAAGAUUAGAGGUUUGGGUACAAAGAUCCGUGAACUCAUUAUAUGCCCAAUUUACGCUAACCUUCCAAGCGAACUCCAAGCAAAAAUAUUUGAACCAACUCCUGAAGGGGCACGGAAAGUGGUGCUAGCGACAAAUAUUGCUGAAACAUCAUUGACCAUCGAUGGUAUUAAGUAUGUCAUUGAUCCGGGCUUUAGCAAGAUGAAAUCCUAUAACCCUAGAACAGGGAUGGAAUCGUUGCUUGUAACACCUAUCUCUAAGGCUUCAGCGACGCAGCGAGCUGGUCGAGCUGGAAGAACAAGUGCGGGGAAGUGUUACCGCUUAUACACGGCGUAUAAUUAUUACAAUGACUUGGAGGACAAUACCGUACCUGAAAUUCAAAGGACUAAUCUUGCUAGUGUGGUGCUUGCUUUGAAGAGUCUUGGUAUUCAUAAUCUGCUGAACUUUGACUUCAUGGACCCUGCACCUGCUGAAGCUCUUAUCAAGUCCUUAGAGCUUCUCUUUGCUCUGGGGGCUCUCAAUCAGCUGGGCGAAUUGACUAAAGCUGGUAGGCGGAUGGCAGAGUUUCCCCUUGAUCCAAUGUUGUCGAAGAUGAUUGUUGUUUCUGACAAAUACAAAUGCUCCGAUGAGAUCAUAUCCAUUGCUGCUAUGUUGUCCAUCGGGCCUUCUAUCUUUUACCGUCCCAAGGACAAGCAAGUUCAUGCUGACAAUGCAAUGAUGAAUUUUCACGUUGGAAAUGUUGGUGAUCACAUUGCUAUGCUCAAGAUUUACAAUUCGUGGAAGGAAACAAACUACUCAACACAGUGGUGCUAUGAAAACUAUAUUCAGGUUCGGAGUAUGAAAAGAGCCAGAGAUAUCCGUGAUCAGUUGAAGGGUCUUCUUGAGAGAGUUGAAAUAGAAGUUAGCUCAAACUUGAACGAGUUGGAUUCAAUUAGAAAAUCCAUCGUAGCUGGUUUCUUUCCACACACCGCCAAGCUACAGAAGAAUGGAUCAUACCGAACAGCGAAGCAUCCCCAAACCGUGCACAUACAUCCAGCCUCUGGCUUAUCUCAGGUAUUGCCGAGAUGGGUUGUGUAUCAUCAACUAGUUCUUACCUCUAAGGAGUACAUGAGACAGGUAACGGAGUUAAAGCCAGAGUGGUUGAUUGAGAUAGCUCCACACUAUUAUCAGCUUAAGGAUGUUGAAGAUGCUACAUCCAAGAAAAUGCCCAAAACCAGUGGCUGAGCUGUGGUGUAGGCGGUUUUACAUAUAAAAUUUUGUAUUCCCUUUUCAUAUAUGUAAAAACGUUUUCAUAUAGCUAACAAAAAAAAGGUUGAUAUAGUUGCGAGCGAUUACUUACAUUCGACAAUAUAUAGAAGUUAUAAUUUAAGAAAAAACACAAUCAUUCAGUCCAGUUU